CUUGCUGUUCCGCCCACACUCUUUCACAAAACCCUAAUUUGUGGAUCGCCAUUUCACUUCACUGCUUAUAUAUUCGAACCUAUAGCCUCCAUCCUUAACCAGUCUCUUCUCCUUCACUUUCAAAUUACAAAUUGAAAAUUAAAGUCAUUAUUAGGGUUCGUUAGGAUUUCUGAUUUCCGGAUCUUAAUUUCUGUAAGAUUUCCCCUUGAUUUUUUUUCCUUCUGUUUUUCUGUUUGUGUAUUUGAUGUUGAAUAUUGUGCGGUGAUGAUACUAUUGUGGACUAGAGUUUCUGAUUUGGGAAUCUUCACCCAUAAUUUGAUUACAAACCCUUGGCUGUCUGAGCACACUUAGUUGACUUUGUCUCUGUUCUUAUUUUCAAUUAAUUUUUAAUCAAUGUUUUUUCAUUUUCUUCUGUUUUAUCGCUUUGAAAAUUAAUUAGGCUUAUGAUGAUAAUAUAAUUUAAUCUUAGCGGAUUUCAGUGAGAUUUUUAAUCAAGGAUCUGAUUGUUACACACACUGAGGCCUUUUUUCAAUACUAUUGUGGUUAUUAUUUUCUCUAUAUUUAUUUGUGUUGUUGAUCAUGUACUCUUACUGGAACAAUUAAUCUCUAUAUUUAUCGGUGCUAUGAUGAGAUAAAAACACCAAGGAAGUGUUUUAUGGGCAGUGGUUUCGCCGUGAGCCUUAUUUCAAAACGACUUCUCCUUCCACUGAGCACUUUCUAUAGUUUCUUGUUUUUUUAGUGAUUAAUUAAAUGGCGUCCAUUUACCAAUUCUGAAGGAUAAAUUGUUCCUUUCAGUGUAAUGGCUCGGACGCCAGAUCGAUUUUGUGGUGAUCCUGAUUCAUGGUUUUUAUUCAAUGCCAUUGGGUCUUGGAAACGCCUCAUACAUAUUUUUUAUUAAAAUAUUUUCAGAUUCGUAAGGAUUACUGUUUUUCUUAAUAUGUAUGUACGUUUUGAUCGGUUUUUCUAAAAUUUAGCUAACCCAUGUUUUUGUGAUGCACUUGUCCACAAGAGUAAAUGUAGGAUCUUGAAUAUGUUGAUUAUUACUUAGUCGUCUCCCAAAGUAUUAAUUCCUUUUUAUCUCUCCUUUUGUCAUGCAAGAAAUAAAUAAAAACGUAAAUUAGCUUUAAUGUUCUUCUAUGUUUGAUUUAAAUAUUGGUGCUCUAUUUUUACACAUUAAUGUUUCAAAUUGUAGAUAAGUGGUUUAAACCUAGAGAUCCUCGAGUAAUCCUUUCUGUAAAAUCAUACUGAUUUGAAUGUAGUUUAUUUAUUAAAUCCUACCAAUUCCUUUUUUUCAAUUGAUAUCUGCUACACCAGAUUUAGACUAUUUUACAUGAUAAAAUAAUGAAUAUCAUUAACAAAAUUUACUAAUUUAUAUUUAUGAAAACAAUAAAUUAUUAAUUAUAGUAGUUGUUCUAUAUAAGCAAUUUCUUCAAAGUCCUACAUUUGAGUAAAAAAUUUAGCACACAAGCAAGCUCAAUUAUUAUUCUGUCUUUUGAGCCAUGUGCUAAUUUGUUGUUAUGAUCCCUCGUGUAUUGCUUUUCAAAGCAACUUCAUCCAUAUGGCCUGUGUUAAUUUCUAAAAAUCUCUUACAAUUCAUAAUUAUGGCCCGUGUUAAUUUCUAUUAAUCUACUACAAUUGUAUUUUCUGCUUUGCGAUAACAAAUCCAAUUCCUAAUGUUGAGCAAACUAUGAAGUGUAUCUUGUCGCAGAGAAAAGGAAAGGAAAUGGGAGGAACCAGAGGGCAAAAGCUUUCUGGAAUGCAAAAGCAAGUACUUAGUUUAUAUAGAGGAUUUCUACGUGCAGCACGUUCCAAAUCUGUGGAGAAAUGCUGCAAGAUAGAAUCUGUAGUAUGUCUAGAGUUUUGUCGCAAUUCCAAGGAAGUGGAUCGGAAGAAUUUUCAAUACAUUGAAUAUUUACUUCGCCGAGGUCAUAAACAGCUUGAUCAACUUCGGAACUCUGGUACCACUGGCUUAUCUUCUUUGCAACUUGAUUUUUCAAAGUGAAACUUUAAUACAUUUUUUACAAAGAUCUUGUCAAUUUGAUAUUCAUAAAUAACUUUGUAUUGAGAUGUUUGCCUUUUAUACAGAAAAAUAAAUAAUCUAGAUGAUGUGUUCUUUCCUUUU